AUGGCGGACGCAAAACUUUGUGCAGAGGUUUUCGAGAUUUUUGACUCCGGAGAGCAGAAAGGACGCGGAUUAAGAGCCUCAAAAUCGUUAACACCCGGAGAUAAAGUACUGGAAUCUACUCCUUUAGUCUACGUUUUAUGUAACAGUGUGCGAGGUCUGUGCUGCGACUUUUGUUUUGCUAAAAGCGAAGACCUUCAGCGUUGUUCUAAGUGUAAAUUUGCACGUUAUUGUAACCGUGAAUGCCAGAAGAGCGCUUGGAAGGAUCAUAAAACCGAAUGCGAACUCACUUUGAAUAUUUCACCGAAUAUCCCAACCGAUCUUGUACGACUCAUGGCGAGAAUCACACAACAGGAACAAUCUGCUAAACCUUCUGUUUCUUCUGUCAGAUCUGUUUACUCGAGUCUCGUCUUUCAUUCUGACAAGUUUGAUGAUCAAAGAAAAGAGGCCUUUUCAGCUAUAUUGGUAGCUCUUAAACUCUUUUUAGGCGAGGGCGAUUUUCAUAAAUACUCAGAUGACCACCUAUUUGCCCUUUUUGGUAAAAUAUCCUGCAACAGUUUUACUAUUUGUGAUGCUGAACUGCAGCCCUUGGGUAUGAAAGACUCUAUGUUCAUUAUAAAAAUCAAAGUAAGGAAUGUCAGUCUGCUGUACAAUUAGUCAGUCAGUCAGUCAGUCAGCCAGUAGUUCAGUCAAUCUGUUGGUCUGCUUGUCUGUCCAUUAGUCAGUCAGUCCAUCAGUUAGUCAGUCCAUCAGUUAGUCAGUCCAUCAGUUAGUCAGUCCAUCCAGCUGGCAGUUCAUGUAACCAUCCAUCUGUCCAUCCAUGUGACCAUCUGUAAAUUUUCCUUUCAAGCAAGAAUUGAAUCUUGAUUCAUGGGUUGAUACACAGGCAUACCAUAGACACCAAACCGGUAUAGCAUCUGUUUUCUGUUUUUCCUUUUCCUAUUCCUUGGGGCAUCCUCAUAUCAAUGUGGUCAACUGAGAUCAUUACAUUAAGAAAUUGCCUAAGUAUUGUGAGAUAAUCUUGGAAACAAGCACAUGGAAAUUAAUUCAGCUGAAAAGAAAGGGAAAACUAGCCAUGAGUUUAGCUUUGAAUCAAAACUUUGUAACAUGGUCAAAAAAUAAGUUAUUGCCUAGCAACAUUCACAAGUCUUAAUUAAUCUAUCAAGAGUGACAGUAUAAACUUGUUUUUUAUUCCAAAAGCGAUCUCAAUUAUACAGGGUCUUUUCCUGAACUGAAACACUAACUAAGAUUUUCUAUCCAAAAAGCAUUAAAAUAUUUUGCAGCUUCUCUCGGAAGCAGUAACAUUCAGUGUUGAUGGAAGCAGUUACAGCAUCCUUCCCAUUGUUGGUUUUUCUGUAUGAGUCAUAGAGGUAAUAAGUGGGUGGGUCAGUCAGUCAACUGGGUUAGUUGGUCAUUCAGUCAGUCAAUCAGACAGUCAAUCAGUCAAUCAGUCAGUCAGUCAGUCAGUCAUUCAUUCCAAAAGUCAGUCAAUCGAUCAGUCAGUUGCUCAGUCAGUUUUUCAGUGGAACAAUUAGACAGUCAAUCAAUUAGACAGUCGAUCAAUUAGUCAUUCAUUCAGGCAGUUACUCAGUCAAUCAGUAGCUUUGAUAAAGCCUUGCUGGUAUAUUUCUUAUAACUGCCAGGGGAUUUGCAAGCUCUUUGGAUAAUAUUACUAUACUGAAAAUGCACAAGGUAAGAAACGAUUUUCACUCCUCUUCUAGGUGUUGGUAUUUAUGAAAUUCCUUCCCUUCUCAACCACUCAUGUGCUCCAAACUGUGUUGCUGUUUUCAAUGGCACAAAACUCCUUAUACAUGCAACAGAAAAUAUCAAGCAAGGUGAUGAACUUACAAUAAGCUACUCAGAACUGCUUUGCCCAAGCUACCAGAGGAAGGAAGACUUAAAAAGUCGUUAUUCAUUUGAUUGUCAUUGUGUGAAGUGUAACUCUCCACUAGAGGAAGAUGGACUUAUGUUGAGCCUGCAGUGUUCUAACUCUCAUUGCAAUGGAGCAUUGCCAAGGGAUUUAGCAGGUGAUAAUUCAUAUUUUCCAAGAUAAAUUGUGUUAUAUUCUUCUCUAGCCAUUUUUUUAUUUUACUUGUGCCUUUGGAGUGAUCAGGUACUGUAUGCUACCAUUCAUUAUUAUAAAGAAGAUUAUUAAAAUGUGUGCACUCUGUAGGUUGAGGAUUGCAUCAUGUUGCAUGUAAUUUUUAUGAUCACCCAGCACACAGGUAGAAGGGUUUUUCCAUAAGAAUUGUGAGGCAUGUUGAAACAUACAGGGUGGUCAGUGUUCAACGCACUGGAUCCAAGACCAAAAGGUUUGAUUUUGAGCCCCAGCAGGGGUCACUGUGGUGUAUUCUGGGGCAGGACACUAUACCAUCACAAUACCUCUGCCCCUUCUGGAAGGAAAAAGGUGUAAGAAAACUUCUGGGAAAACUAAAUGAUUGAGGGGAGUGAGGACAGGAUGAAGACCUGCAAUGAACUUCCUAAGUUAGAUAGCAAUUAUAGUCCUUUUCAUUUCAUGAUAUGGAAAUCAACUGUAGGUACCCUGGAAAGCACCACUCUGUGAACCUCUAAGGUCAAGUGCAGUCAUCUAACCUUGCUUUUGUGUAAGAGUCUACUAUGCUCUUAUUUGAAAUAUUCUUCUGACAUAAGCUCUUUUUGCAGGAGGAGGCUUUGCUGCUUGCAACACUUGUGGUAAACAAGCAUCCAAUAAAGCAAUGGUAACCAAAGCAGAAGGAAAUAUCUCAAAAUCUGAAGAAGCUUUAAAGGAAAUAAAAGCAUUGGAGAAAACUGAUGACUAUAACAGUAUUCUUGACCUCGCUGAGAAUGUCCUAGAUGAACAGAGAUGUUUCUUUCAUAAAUUAAAUUACAGCAGAAUUGGCAUUCUUGAUAAAGCUAUGGAUGCCUGCAUUAAUCUGGAGUUUUGGGACAGAGCCCUAGCUUUUGGACUUCAAACAAUGGAUGCAUACAAGCUGUAUUAUCCUAGGAAUCAUCCAAGUGUUGGCAUUCAGUUGUUCAGAAUUGGUAGGUGAUUUAAUUGAAAUCUCUCUGUAUCCAUUACGGCUUAAUGAAGGUGUCAUACAAAUGUAGCCUAAUAAUACAAUAAAGGUUUGGAAAACUGUCCUUUGGUCAAUAAACAGUUAAGAAAAGAUGAAAGACCUAUCAUAUUGCCUGUUGAACCCAAAGAAGACCUUUGUUCCUACUCAUUAGCCCCAGUACACAGUAUUUUAUCCAAUUAUACAGACCUUGCCCAUGGUAGAUAACACAUAGGCAAAAACGUCCAGAGCUGCUUUCAAUUCAUAAAUGAUCAAUUCAUAAAUGAUCAAUUCAAAUUUUACUCUCUGGAAGAAAAGUGAGCUCCAGCCGCAGUGUCUUCUUGGUUUUUUUCAUUGUCUCUGAUUUCAAUUAAGAAUUUCACUUCCUCAGGACACGAGAAAGCCUUGAUGAUUUGAAAUAGGUCUCAAUCUGAUUUUCAGGCAAACUUCAAGUCUACUUGGACAAACUUAAAGAUGGUUUUCAGUCACUGCUUCAGGCAGAAGCCAUUCUGAAAGUAACUCAUGGAAAUCACCCACUUGUACAAGAACUGAGGGAAAUGAUAGGACAGACAUUGGAGGAACUCAGAGAGGAACAGAACAGAAAAGUCCAAGGGAUGGAAUUAAUUUGAACUGAGUUAACCAUGUAAUUUCCAUGAGUGACCUAGAAAGAAUUUCUUCUUACAGUUCAAUAGAAUAUCAAACAAAGGAAAAAAUAUCAAUCAGAGGAUGAUUAGGUGAUCCAGUACUGAAUUCUACAAACUAACAUCAUAAGAGUUGUAUGGUAGACAGUAAGGAGAAUUACUAGUUAGGUCAUGGGAGUGAGAGGGUCAAGUCUUGAUCAUGUCAUUUGAUAGUCUAGAUGAGAUUAGUCUUAGAAAGAACUGUUAGUUGAGAACUCUGACUGAUGUUUCAAUGGCUUGUUGAGCCUAGUAAGUAGUUUUUUUGAUCAAACGUUGUAUUAAACAGCGGCAAAGUGUGCGUGAAAAUUGGGGGGGGGGAAGAAGGGAGCGCCAGAGUUUAGCAGCAAAAGGAAAAAAGAACGCGUUAUGUUUUCUUCAUUUUUCAAAAUUUUAUUAAUGGGGCAAAAGCUGUGAACUCGGUUGUUCCAAGCAAAACAGUUGUCUCUCCCGAUCGGUCAUCCCACGGGGUCACUCACAAAAACUCAAAAGUUUCCUUUCAAUUUGUUAACGCAGAUUUACUUGACGGAAUGGCGUGAAAACAUUAGAGAGUUAGAGGAAAUUUGAUUUCAAAUGUUCCGAUCUUUGAGGGUCAAAAGCCCCAGGUGUAAAGAAUAAAAGAUAAAGAACAUCGUUUCAACUCCUGACUUAAAACACUAUCAAAAAAACUCGUAAACAAUUCUUGUGAUAAAUCUUUUUUUUAUUAUUAUUAGGUACGUCAAUCUACAAUCAAUGUGAAGUAGAGAUCUAAAUUGCUUCUGUAAUGAUAACGUGAUGCAAUCUAUAUUUUCUCCAAGAUUCUUCUGAUGGUGAUUUAGUAAUGGAAUGUCAC